GUGGCACAAAUAAGGGUGCCGGUUAGGAUUAAUCUCCGCUCGUGUCAAAAAAUAAUAUUACAUGACCAAAGAUGUCUGCCACCAGAUACCGUCGGUUUCUUAAACUGUGUGAGGAAUGGCCCCGAGACGAGACCAAGAAGGCACGGGACCUGGGGACAUUUCUGCGGCAGACGGUGGCUUCUGCGUUCCGCGAGGGUGAAAACACGCAGCUUGCAGAUCCAGAGAAAUGUGACCAGAUGUAUGAAAGUUUGGCUCGCAUUAAUGGAAAUGUAUACAGACAGCGGUUUCCUCGUGUGAGAGACACAAGUUUUACGGGAGUUACAGUGGAGGAGUGUCGAGUCCUUUUGUCAGGCAGUAUGCAACAGAGCAUGGAUGAGGAAAAGAAGGGUUUAUGGAAGUCGCUAAUGGAGAGAUUCUCCUCCAAAUCACCAGAAGACGGUCCAGAAAAAGCUCCUGAAAAAUAACAUUUUUCUUUUCUAUGUUGCUUGUAUAGAAAUAAAUAUUAUCUUUGUGGA